GUAACACUCAUUCUUGCAACUCAAGAUGUAUCAGCCACAGUUGGAAAUGAGCUUUGCUUGAAAAUGAGAUGAUCAAGAAACUCAUGACCAAGGACCAUCUUUAUAAUAAACAAAUCAUUGGCAUCUUCUCUGGAGAUGUUCAGCUGUCAGGCUCGAGAGCUCCGCAACACCAUGUAUCACACCUUUUCCUUUUGCUUUCACAUAUUUUAGGUGGCUAAGGUAGUGGCUCCCAACAAAGUGUUUAGACAUGAAUAAGGACUGGUGGCUGCAUAGUCUGACCAUUUUAAUACAGAUAGUUCAUAUCCAGAAGGGUCCCAUUUGAUUCCAUCCUACUCUUAAGUACACAAGCAUGGAUGGUGGCAAUGAUCCAUCCCAUCUCUAAUCCCAUUUUGUUUAUGUGCUCCCUUUUUCUAGGCAGGGGUCAUAGCUAAUAGCUUUCCUGAUGCACUAAUUAUGCUGGUCAUGUGGAAAACCUUGUUCUUUCAAAGAUGCAUGAACACCUCAUUAACUAUAGGAAACAUCGGGUUCCCUGUAGACCCACUUCAUUCUGUUGUAUAUUGUAUAUAGAACUCAUAAACCAAUACAGAUCCUCCUGGAGUUGUCGGCUUCCUGAAUUGGAUGGACUUAGAGAUGAAAGCCACAGGGCCUGAAGCAUCCCUCGAUCUGCUUUCUCAUGCCUGGUGCAACUCUGCUAUCCAAGUUUUUAAGCCAACUGUAGAUGAAUGCUCAAGCAUGUUCAAGGAUAAACAGAUUGUGGCACUGGAGAAUGACAAGAGAGCUCCUUCGUCGAAGGGUGAAAGAAGCUUCAAAGUGGAUGAAGGUGAUUUCAAGUCAACUCCACAGAUAAAACUUGAUGAUCUUAAGUCAUGGAUAUGGCUGCAGAAAGCAAUACAUCCAGAACUGGAUUAUGACAUGUGCACAAGGCAGAAAUGGUUUAGAAAAAUCGCAUCUUGGAAUGGGAUCUCAAUUAAGAAAUGGUUAAAGGAAAUGAAGCAGAAGCGCAAGGAAGAGAAGCGCUUGCAUAAAGCCGAAGUGCAUGCAGCCAUUUCAGUUGCAGGAGUUGCAGCAGCUCUUGCAGCCAUUGCAGCAGAAGACACAGAAGCCAACAAACAGAAGUCACUGAAGGAGAGUGCAGUUGCCUCUGCAGCUGCUUUAGUUGCAGCACAAUGUGCCCAAGUUGCAGAAGCUGUGGGCGCAAAGCGUGAACAGCUCUCCUUGGCUAUUAAUGAAGCUGUAACUGUGACCGAUGCAAGUAACAUCAUCACUCUAACUGCUGCUGCAGCAACAUCAUUGAGAGGUGUAGCCACACUUAGGGGAAGACAAAGUCACACAAAAAAGAUAAAGGGUAGCUCACCAACACUUCUUUGUGAUGAACUUGACUUCAACUUUGAGAGGUGCAGAGCAUUACUUGCAAAGGGUGAUGAGAUCCUUGUUGCAACAUCAGAUGGUAAAUGCAGGUUAAGAUCAGUCUCAGCUAUCUUGAACAAGGAUGACAAAGUUAUCAUAAAAGUCAAAAAGAUAAAUAUGCUAAUGGCCCUCACCACUGCAACAGAAUGUAUUAUAAAUGAGUUGCACACAAACCCUCUUGGAGAACCUACCCAGGAUGCAAACGGAGCCUAUUGCAUUGAGAUGACGACAAGUCAAGGGAAGAUUGAUCUCAAGAUCAAUGACUAUGUGUGCUACAAGAAAUGGAUCACAACCAUUAAUCAUAUGCUGAUGCUAUCAAUAACAUUCAGCAGAAAAGGACAUGUGCCCCUUCCAUAAUCUGAAAUUUCUGACUACAUUUCCAUGUUCAUAGCCACUGAUUGGACAAUAAUCAACAAUACGUCGAAAUUCAUGUGUGUGUGUGUAUCUUUCUAAUAAGAUCUGAGUAUAUAAAAGGAUCAUGAAUUCUCUUC